CGAGAGAGAAGAUAUUCAAACACUUUGGCUGUCUCUUUUCUACUCCCUUUGUGAGAUUAGACACCGGCUGUACCAUUAGACGCCGGCUGUACCAUUAGACGCUGGCUGUGCCAUUAGACGCUGGCUGUACCAUUAGACGCUGGCUGUACCAUUAGACGCUGGCUGUACCAUUGAUGUCAUUACAAGGCGGUAUUUAUUGCUGUGUUGCCUAGUAGUUUUACUUAUUCUUUUAAUUUUUUAAGUAAUAAUUUUCUAGUUUUUUUUAAAAACCAUUUUUGUGUGUGUGCAAAACUUUUAAUUAAAAAUUAGUAUAAAUUAAAAUUAAUUAAAAGUGUAUAAGAUUAAGUAGAUAAAUAAUAAAGAAGUAUAUCAGUAUAGAAAAGUUUGACAUGAAACGUUUCUUUCCUACUCAGGUAAUCGACAAAACUGUUCGGCUAUGAGGCUGUUGCUACAAGUGCUGGUUCUUGUUUUAAUCGCCAUACAUGAAGUGAGAUCAGAAGGUAAAAUAAAUUGAUUUUGUUGCUUAUGAAUUUUCUGGAAUGGUUUUCAAAGAUUUAAUCAUGAUAACUUGAUCUUAAUUUAUGUAUGGGUUAAUCAAAAGAGGAUUAUCAGGAAUAUUAAAUGCAAAUUUAUGGCUAUCUAGAAGUCCCACAAUAAAGAUCAGAAGCUUGUGUGCAUGAACUUAAAAUUAUAACUAUACUGCAACUAUUCUACGUCUAUCAAAGAAUGGUACGCUAUGUUAUAUUUUGACGAAGUUAAAGGUGUAUGCCUUUCCUCACAAUUCUUGAACAAAAUGAAAUGGUUAUUUACAGGCCAAAGUUUGGACUAAAUUUUCAAAAACUAUCUAGCAACUGUUCAAAGAUACCCGUAUCUCCUGUUCAAGUUCAGCGAUUAAUAUGACCUCGCGACAGUUUUUUUGACAAGUGCCUCUUGAAAAAGGCUCGAGGAUGAGAUCAAAUAUUUUCUGUAUUCUAUCUCCAUUUAUGCUCAGUUCGCACGAUCAAAUUUUCGUCAGAUUUCUUUUUACACGCAGUAUUUAGUAAACAAAAAAAAUGCGUACAAAAAGAAAUUUGAUGAAAAUUUGAUCGUGUCAAUUGAGCAUUACAGUAAACUCUUAUUCAAUUGCGUAAUAAUAUUGAUUUAAGCCACACUUUGUUCAUGACUUAUGAUUAUUGAGAAUGGCCAAUAACUUUUAAAACGUUUAAAUAUUGUUCCUUAAAAAUAUUAAAAUCCAUGUAUUCUAUGAUACCCUUGACGUUGAUGAAAGCCAUCAUGAUCUGACCUAAGAUUUAACUUAGUGUAUCGGUAUAAUAAAUUUGACAAGUCCUCCUGAUCACCUAUAUGUGUUCACAUACAAACAUUAUAAUAUGUUAUGUCUAAUCUGUCGUCCGCUCUUCUCACAUACAAACACACUGCAUUAUAAGAUACACUAUUUCUAAUCCGUUGUCUGUCUUUCCUCUUGACAAAAAUGUGAACAUUAAAUCAAAAUUGAAAAACAAAAUUAGUCAUGUGACUAUCAAAUUGUCUAUUUGGCUAUUAAAAAGAUUUUGUAAUCACUGACUCAGAAACCCUCAUUGACAAAUACUUACACAGACACCCAAACACAGAAAAGCACACAAAGACACACUGACCAAAAUAAAAUCACCUGUAAUGUGCGCUAGGGCUGUAAGUAAUAACUGAAAUCGUUUUAAAAUAGCGGCCUUGUGAUUAUUCCAUAUUCACGGAUAAUGCAAGACAGAUUAUAUAACAAGUAAAUAAGCUAGCAAAGCUAAUAUAUUUGAACGUUGUCAAGCAGCCUGCCAGGUGGGAUGGUUUGGAUCAAGAUGUCAAUACAAGUGUCACUGCACCAGAAAUAGUUGCCUGGAUAACGGGGCAUGCCAAGAUGGCGCUGAAUGUCAACUAGGCUGGUUUGGACCCGGAUGUCAAUACCGUAAGAAUUUUUUUUUUAAAUAAAAGAACUAGGAAGACAGUGGUUAAUCAACGGAAUGUUUUUGACAAGUCAUGUACAAUACAUAAAUUAAGACGUAACAGGGAGCGGUCACACACUCUUUCUCUCUCACACACCCACAACAGAGAGAGAAAGAGAAAGUGAGAAUUAGGGAGAGUUAGCGGUGCUGAUAGACAUUAAAAGAGAUAUAUAGACAGAGGGUAACAUAGAAAAGAGUGUUGUAAAAUACUCAUUUAAUUUAUGACAACAUUUCUUAAAACCAAAAUUAUUUAUACUAUAAAUCAUUUUAUUUACAUAUACAUUUUUCGAAAACAAAUGCCAAGUUAGUAAAAAAUCUUCACUAAUGUAUGUAAUGCGGUUUAAUUUUAAGCCAUUGAAGAUAAGUCUUGACUUAAUAAAUAAAGCUAUUCUCUCUAUAACAACAAAUUGCAUACUGAGUAAUGCAUGCUCAACUGGAGCGAUCAACCGUGUUUCUUUCAUUACUAGAGGAUCUUUCUGUCAUGGCGAAUCUAUCAAUAACACCUGCCCAUCAUGGAUCUUCUGUAUUAACUGAUGGGGCAGACGAUACCUGCAUCUUCAACGUUGAAUCUAUCAACGUAGUUUGGAAGACACCCUACCUAUUGACUUGGAUCCGGAUUGUAGGUGAGAAUCUUCGCCUUGUGUCAUGAUAUAUUCAGUUCUCAUACAGUGUAUAAGUACUGGAGAUUAGUUGAAUUGAUUACAUCGUCUUCGGCACCCGAACUGCCGUCAUUGCGGACAGUCGCGGGAGACAGUGGACCAGUUACUAGCCGAGUGCACCAUAGCAACAAGUGGAGGGGUUGGGAACACCGCAGUCAACCAUGUAGAAAGUCUGAUUUACAGCUAUGCCCAGAAUGUGCGGCAUAAAUAGCAGUGCCUGCCGGGGCCAUAAAAGAGCAAUAGCUUGGUUCCAUUCCAUAAACUGAAUGUAAUAUUUAGUGUAUAAAUAAAUAACCUAUAGCGUCAGUUUUAAACUGAACACGUGACAAAUGCACCAUUUUAUCAACUAUGUAUAUUAACUUUUUAUGUUUUCGCUGUAAGGAACACAUCAGCCGUUCACACUGCGCUUCAAGGAGAAUCCAGCUUCAGCUUACAAGGACUGCCUCCACGUGAAGAUAGUUGAAGUAAGCGGAACACUGGUUCAAGACGUGUACUGCACAACAAAUACCACUGUAACACAGCUGACACUAGCGUGGAGUCAAAACGUUCUGGUUUGUUCUCUGUACGUGAGUGGAGGUCAGUAUAAUCUACGUUUUCAAUUAAGAUAUAAUUAAUAAGUUUGAUGGCUCAUGUUUGUGGUGAUUAUUUUUCUCUAAUUUUAAUUCGUAAGCAUUUUUUUUAAUGGCUAAUAGCAAUUAUUCUAUAAAAAAAAUAAUGAAGUCUUUGUCAAGAUGUUAUUAUACAUUCAAUUUAAUUCAUUGCAAGAAGUUUUUCAGAGUUAUUAAAGGCUACAAAAUAAAUGUACUGGAUAACUUAGAAGGUGACAAAAACAAACUAAUAUUGCAACUCACAUUGUGACUAGCAUUGGGAAUAAGAUAGUGGCAGCCAUUGGACCCUAGAUCAUGACGGACAUAGUGAUCAAAAUGUUAAUGCACCUGGUAAUUAACCUGGUAACUGUAAUCUUGUGACAGAGUUUGGCGAUCCUGUGACAUGCGUGUAGGAGCAUGCACGCAAAGCUCUCUUUGUUGACGCUCAAGCCAAAUUGUCACAGCAACAGAGUGUUGGCUAACAGGUCACACGUGGGCCAUGCGUGCACUUUGUUUUGGUGUUUUUCUGUCAUUUUAAGACAAAAGAUGUCAAUGUGACAAUUUAAAAGAAAUCUUAUCUAGAACCGAGGUAUUUAGGUUUAAUAUAUAUAUAUAUAUAUAUAUAUAUAUAUAUAUAUAUAUAUAUUAACUUUGCAAUAAAUAAGUGCGGUUUGUGUUUCAGUUGAGGCAAUCGAUUCUGUUAGCACUGUACUAUUACUGCAUGAUGCCUCAGAUGGCUACUCUCAUAAAAAUAUAAAAAAAAUCAUAUCUAGAAACGAUGUAUUUAUAUAUAAUAUAUAUAUAUAUAUAUAUAUAUAUAUAUAUAUAUAUAUAUAUAUAUUAACUUUGCAAUAAAUAAGUGCGGUUUGGGUUUCAGUUGAGGCAAUCGAUUCUGUUAGCACUGUACUAUUACUGCAUGAUGCCUCAGAUGGCUACUCUCAUGACUAAGAUGAUGAGCUACAUUAUUUCUUCAAUCAUUCCAGGCAGAAACGUCGCAUUGAAAGAAACCUCGACUCAAUCAUCGACUAUUAUUAGCUCUACUUUGGCCGGGCUUGCCGUUGACGGUCUGACCACCACGUACUCACACACGGACACCGGUGACAAAACCCCAUUUUGGCUUUUGACAUUUUCAGCAGCUCCGCUUAUCAAUCGAUUUGUUAUAUACAACCGUGCAGGUAAAUAUAUUUGUCAUUGAUUUAGUGCAGGCCUGCACAACUCAAAAAGUAAGGCGCGCCGUAAUACUUUAUGAAAAACUUGUGCGGGCGGUAAUGUUGUGUGAAAAGCUUGUGCGGGCUGAAUGAUGAUAGGACAGGGAGGGGGGGGGGAAAGCUAUCAAGAAAAUAAUAAUAAUAAAGAAUAUUUCGUUAGUUCGCGAGCCGCCAAGUGGGUGCUGGCGGGCCGUAUGUUGUGCAGGCCUGAUUUAGUGCAUGAGCAGGUCAAUUUAAAUGAUGAAUAUGAUUGUAUAGUUUGUUAAUGAACGAACUCAACUGUGUGUCAGAUUGCUUUUUAAUGUUAACAAAAAUGUGGAAAUAUCCAAUAAUAGGUGUAGCCAGGGGGGCUACAAUGGGUAAAGGCCAUUUGAUAAGGAAUAUGAUGGUAAGAGAAGCUAGUAAUGUUAAAAGGAUGUUGUUGUACUUCGAAGUGUCUUGCAGUGACUGUCAAUGGGAUAUUCCCAUUUAAUCCAGAGCUGCAAACUCAGCAACCGUUCACACGGUGUUUCAAGGAGAAUCCAAUCUCAGGUAACAAAGAAUGCCUCCACGUAAAGACAGUUAUAAUAAGCGGAACGCCAACUCAAGAUGUGCACAGUGCACCAGAUGUCACUGUGACGCCCAGGAGUGGAAUAUGACUCUCCCGCCAACUUAAUUCAUAGAUACAGACUGACCGCAAACUGUGGUUCCUGGGGCUGAAGUAAUUUUACACAGAACAUUUGUGACCACACAUUAUUUACAACAUCUAGGUGUUGUUGUUUUUUUUAAAGUAGACACUGAAUUCAAGUCGUGUGAAAGAAAUAUUCAGAACACGAUAAUUUUUAGACUUGAAUAGGAAAACAAAUAUUUAAAGAAAUCUAUCUUAUAAGAUAAGAUAAGAUUAUUUAUUAAUCCAAACAAAUGGGAAUUUUUUAUGAUUGCAUUAAACAUUUUCAGCACCUAAAUAAAACUAUUUGAACACAAGAUAUUUAUAAUAAAAAAUUAUUCACCAGUGUGGCGAAAUGUGGUCAAUGGGUUAGGUCCGUCUUCCAACAGCCACAGACAAGAACACUUUCGAAUCAGAACCUAAACUCCGUUUUCUUUCUCUCUGAUAAAAACUUCCCGAUAUGGUUUGAAAUAAAAGAAUACUUUAAUAAUGCAUGUGGUGUGCCGAGACACAAUGCACAACAAACCAACCAGCAACAAUACUGUUCACAUGUGAAACAAUGGAAUUUCCAGGAUCCAGUGCAACAAAUCAGUCACCCAUUUCUUAAAACAAAUACAGACUGACGUCCAUAAAAAUUCUCUGCAUUUAUAUCACUUCUCAGCACCAAUAUAUCGCACCACCGGAAAUGUGUCAUUGCGCUUUCAUGGCUGAGAAAAAGUGGUGCGGACACAUGGGGAAGUCCCUAAAGAAAACACCAUUGCUCACUGAAACAAUUAUUAACCAGACACAUAACAUAAACAUGCGUUAUGACCGUGACAACUAGUAAAAAAAAACACCCCCCCCAAAAAAAACACAAAAAAACAGCCCUUCAGUAAAUUUUCUUAGCAUAUCUUGGACUUCUUAGUUCUUAUUAAGAUUUGUGAUUUUAGGGGGAGCACGCUGGUAAAUUCGUACAGAUCGGGGAACAAAAGAAUUUGUAUAUCUAUCAGUCCUCGCCCUGAUGGAAAGAAUUCGUGCCGAAUGGGCCAAUCCUAAGUAUAUGUGACAGAGAGCAGUGCUACUCAAAGAGGUCGUCCUCGGACCGGUGUCGGUCCACGAGCCUUACCUUACCGGUCCAAAGAGCAUGAAUAUUGAUGUUUAAAUAGUAAGAACAUGAAAAUUAAUAAAUCUGGCACCGGUCCCUGGUGCAGUUUCGAAACGUGUCCACCGGUCCGUGAAACUUAAAAGUUUGGGAGACGCUGAUAUAGAGGGUUUGAUGUAUCAUCCAAAAUAUGUUUAGUUAUACAAUAUUGUAUCUGAGAGCAAAUUCCCAUGUCCUAUAUCUGAGGUCCAGCCCCGGAGUGAAUGGUAUUGUUCUCGCUCAAAGAUGAUUUCACAAUACAUGCUCCGGUUUAGCCAUUUCUUGUGACUCAAUUCUAGGUUUUUAAAAUGUAUGUAUCAAUAGGACGUACUGAUAAAAACUUAUAAAUAUUUUCGUAGCAUUAGGUCACAGUAUUACCCACUGAACUUUUAUUUUUUAAGACUUUCCGAUACGCCUUCGAGGAUUCUCAAUCGAUGUCUAUAACAAGAACUCAACUCGCAUCUUCAAGUACACAGACACAGAUCCUACUGCGGAACUAGUAUACUUUGUGACAUUUACGAGACCGUUCGAGCCGGUUUCACAGGUGAAGAUAAGUCUCCCAUCAGAGUACCUGCACAUAAGUGAAGUAGAGAUUUACGGUGGUGAGUGUCUUGUUCAAUGUACUUGUGGAGUUGUAAUUUUAAGUUACUUGAACAGUUGCAUCUUAAUUUAUCUUUAAAAGGCAGUAGCGCAACGAGAGGGGGGUGGGGCGAUGGGGAGACCGUAAAUAGUGGUGCGUCAUCAAAAUAUUUUCCUUAAGAUACCUAUUAAAAAUAAACUUGAGUAAGAUUUACUUUUUGAAUACAAAUGUUUUCUAUUUGUUAAUCUUUAAUACUAUCUGUCCCAUCAUGAUCAGUACAAGUUUCACCUUUGCUAAAAUUCCUAUUUCAAAGUGAAAAAUAAAGGAGUAAAAAUAAAACUGUCAGACAAUCGCAACACCAAUCUGAUUUAUGUUAACUUUAGCUAGGAUUGAUUUAUUUUAUGAAUUAAAAAUUUGUAGAUUUACAAUUUUAAACUCCAUUAAUUGCUGAUUUUUAUCACGCCAAUUUAGCAUUGAAUAAGAUUUGUCUAUUAUUGUAAUGAUUAGUUAAGUUGACCGAAAAUGCCCAACCUUCGGAGAAAGAUUAAAAAAAUAGUGUCAUCCGGGGCGCACCGUCCUGGUCGGCACCUCCUUCUUACGCCCCUGAUGGCAUGGUAAACUGCUAGUACACAUCAGUUUUCUUUGGUUGGUGGGAGGGGGGGGGUCUUGGGUAUAUCCUCAACGUUCCUUGCCCGAUAUAGGUCAUUACUUUUCAAUUUUUUUAAAUUUAGAUCUGUCUCAGUGUGAGCCGUUCUUUUAAAAAAUGAUUUAAUGAGACUAACAUAAGUUAUUUCAUGACAUUGUGUUAUUGUCUUUCCAUGUCCAGAUUCAUCAUGUCCAGCUGGAUGGUAUGGUCCGGAAUGCAACAAGAAAUGUCAGUGUUCAGAUCCAGGUGAGGCGUGUCUCGUGAUGACUGGCGGAUGUUCUUCUGGGUGCGCCCCUGGUUACCAUGGUGACAGUUGUGAUCAAGGUCAGAAUAAAUAAAAUGAUUUCACUGGCUGGAAUUCAUCGAAAUCAUCAAUCGGAUUGCGCUGAGUAAUAUAAAAAAAUUCCGAUUGCCGAUUAAUCAUCCUACUAAAUAUUGCAGUUGGUGAAUAAUUGGCUUCCUAUUAUUUUUAAUUUUUGGCUUAAAAUGCCUACUGCAAUUAUAUGUUUUAGAAUGAGAUCAUUCCUUAUAUUGUAUUAUUUAUAACAAUAAUUCGGCGUUACGGAAAGUUGCGGUACAAUAUUUUAACCUGCCAAGAAAGAGAAGCGAGCGUUACUCAGUCUCCCAUACAUUUAAACUUUGCGCCUAGACUGAGCGGACCCUCAUCAUAGUACAAAAUUACUUUGAAUGACGUGACUAGAUCUUUGUCAUUGAAAAGAGUAUCGCCUUUCAAACAUGAUGAAAUAAAAAGAUUAACCACCACCCUCCCACCCUGCAUUGCAUGGCCCCCGCCCUUGUGUACCACCCCCCCCCCAUUUUAAAUGUAAACAAGUUUGUAUUUAAUCUUAAUUCUUUGAGAGUACUGCACAAUCCAUUUCAUUAUAGACGCUAUUAAUAAACUACAUCAAGGCCAAUAACAAACUACCAUGUGACGUAUCAUGCUAGGAUAUGAAAAAAAGAAUAUACAGCUCAUAUCUAGAAAUAUUUUCAGCAGGCCAAUUAGCUGAUCAAUCUUUCUUUUUUUUUUAAGGCAAUUAUGGAUUAUUCGGAAAAAUGGUGACUUAUCUACAGAAUUAUCUUUGCAACCCUAAAAGUGAAGGCCUAAGACCCUUGGACUGUAUCUGUAGAGUUUUCAGGGUAUAUGUAAUAAAAUCCGGUUAGAUGGGAUUAGUGUACAUGUUUUUUUUUAUGAGGAAUAUUUCUUUGACUAUGACAUUAUUAGUCAAGUAAAUCCUCAACAAACUGUGAUGUAUAAUCUAAAAUGUCACCAUUGCUGGUCAAGGGAUGAGCCAAAAGUCACUGUCUUCAAAAUGCUUGGUUAAUGAUGUGAUUUCGGGGUUUGUACUGCAUUGUUGAUAUUCGACGCCAUUUUUGUUACCACUUCCUGUCUUACUUGAAGCGUAGCAAAACUCUAUUGCUGUGUGUGCUCUCAGACUGAAACACACGGAGUGACUUGUGGUAUGUUCAAAUACAAUAUUACACUAUAUACAAUUGUGGUAACGGCUCUGGUCAAUAAAUUGUUCAUUUUUGAUGCCGAGAGACCAGAAAUAGGCCUUAUAUUUGACAAUUUGGACUUCAGUAGGAAGACAGUUUUCCGCAUAGCUGGUACUGCUCACUGUGUGUUUAUAGACAUUUUACAUAGAGCAUCCCGAUCAUGCUCUACUCAGAGGCCCUUAGGCCGUCAAAAACUGGUACUAUUGUAUCUGGCCUGCAUCCUCCUGGCAAAUUCGUACUCUCCUGAACCCAACCCUGGACCGAACGUUACUACUAGUGCUGGUUCUCCCUUGCAUACCCCAUCAAGUUCCAAAUCCCAGUCAUCAUGGAUCUGCGGAGCAUGUGACCAUGUUGUACAUGUGGAGGACAGAGGCGUUGCCUGUGAACAAUGUGGGCAAUGGUUCCAUCGUCAAUGCCAAAGCAUCGACACUUCUAAUUACAACCAACAUGCUAAAAAUUCUGACGUGCCAUGGCACUGUACUGUCUGCGGCAGCCAGAUUAACCAGUCUGUGUUUGACCCACAUAGUGCAGGGACAGACUCUACCUUCCCAGAUUUCUCUCUGAACCACUCAAUCUCCACACCAAGAGACAUUCGAAGUUUUCAACCACCACACUGCUCUACUCCUAUGCGCUGCAGUCAACAAGACAAAUGGAGACACAGGCCAUUGCGCAUAUUAAAUGUAAACUUCCAGUCUGCAAGUGGUAAGCGAGUAGAGAUAGCUAACCUAAUUAACAGCCUAAAACCCGACAUCAUCUUGGGCUCAGAAACAUGGCUGAAUCCCUCCAUAGCAAACGCAGAGGUUGUACCAGAUAUAUACAAAGUAUUUCGUCGAGACAGAAAAGACAGAGGAGGAGGAGUGCUUGUUGCAGUCCAUCACAACUUGGACUGCCACGCUGUUCCAGAACUCGAUGUUGACGACUGCGAGAUCCUGUGGGUAAAAUUGAAACUAAAGGGUAGACGCACACUCUACGUGUGUGCCUAUUAUCGACCAAAUACAGCAGAUGAACCAAGCCUGAGGAGGUUCGAGGUAUCGCUUCACAGAGCAACACAGUCAAAAAACGCUUUUCUCCUUAUAGGGGGGAUUUUUAACUUUCCUGGUUGGAAUUGGCAGAUUCCUGCCUUGAAGCCCAAGUCCCCAUACCCUGUUCUACACUCAGAAUUCAUGGAGAUAAUUAACAACCAUGGUCUGGAACAGCUGGUUAAAGAACCCACGAGGGGGGAAAACACUCUUGACCUACUCCUCACCAAUUGUCCACAUCGUGUCCAAAAAGUUGAGGUCAUCCCCGGGAUUUCGGACCACAGCAUUCCUUAUUGUGAAUUUCAGGUCAACACACUAAAAAUGAAACAAAUCAUUCGAGAAAUCCCAAUUUAUGCCAAGGCAGACUGGGAUGGCCUAAGGAUUGCAACCACAGAGCUAAGCUCAAACAUGAAGGUGAUUCAAGGUACAGCGACAACAGACGAGCUGUGGGAGAAGUUCAAGACUACAAUCACUGAUGCAGUGAAGAAAUUUAUACCACACCAAAUCACCAAACCUAGGAUAAAUCAGCCAUGGGUCACGGCUGAAAUCCGUAGGCUCAUCCACAGGAGAGACCGCCAAUACAAACGCAUGAAGAAAAAUGGCUCGAUGGAACUGAGAGAGGAGGUACUGAGACUCCGCCGAACCAUUCAACGCUUAUUGCGUAGAUCGUAUUGGAACUACAUGAACGGCAUCUUCUCAGAGGAAGACACCCCGACCAAAGAUGUCAAGAACAAGCGCUUCUGGAGCUAUGUGAAACACCAAAAGUCCUCAAACGCUGGAGUUUCCCCCUUGAGGUGGGAUGGCCAAUUGACAUCUGACCCAAAAGCACAGGCGGAGAUACUCAAUCAGCAGUUCCAGUCGGUCUUUGGUGACGGUAGAGAGUACUCUGAGACUGAGUUCCUUCUGAAGACCAAAAUGAUGAACAGAGCCUAUCCUAUCAUGGGAGAUAUCCAGAUAUCAGAACAAGGUGUGUUUGCCCUCCUCAAUACCAUUAACCCUUACAAAGCAUGUGGUCCUGACAACAUUAAACCACGAGUGCUCAAAGAAUUAGCCAAAGAAAUCGCUCCUGCACUGACAAUCCUCUUCCAAUCGUCACUAUGCACAGGAAAUGUUCCAGCAGACUGGAGAACAGCGCAUGUCACUCCAAUUUACAAGAAAGGGGAGCAUUCCGACCCUGCCAACUAUCGUCCGAUAUCCCUCACUAGCGUCGUCUGCAAACUGUUGGAGCACAUAAUCGUAAGCUCUGUCAUGAAGCAUCUUGAAAGCCAAAAUAUACUCAAUGACUGUCAACAUGGCUUCCGAGUCAAUAGGUCAUGUGAGACCCAGCUUCUCGAAUUUGUAGAAGACUUGAUGACCAAUCUGGAGAACCACAAGCAGACUGACGUGCUAGUAAUGGACUUCGCAAAAGCAUUUGACCGGGUGAAUCAUAGUUUGCUUCUACACAAACUCCAGAUAUAUGGGAUUCAAGGCACCACUAAAACAUGGAUCUCUAGCUUCCUCAGCCACCGACGCCAAGCAGUAGUGGUGGGCGGUACAAGCUCCUCCUUUGUCAAUGUGAAGUCAGGGGUCCCCCAGGGAUCAGUCCUGGGCCCCUGUUUGUUCCUAGCAUACAUUAAUGACCUACCGGAGAAACUGACAUCACAGGCAAGACUGUUUGCAGAUGACACAGCAGUGUAUAGGACGAUCGCCAACAGAUCUGACCAGGACCAGCUACAACAGGAUCUCAAUCUGUUAGCUGAGUGGGAGAUGAGCUGGGACAUGGAAUUUCAUCCUGCCAAGUGCCAGACACUAUCAAUCUCUAGAAGUUGUACUCCUCUACACUACCAAUACAAACUGCACGGCCAUAUUCUUGAGCAAGUUUCCUCCGUAAAGUACCUGGGUGUUACCAUUCAAAGAGAGGUCCGCUGGGACGAGAAUAUUAACAAUGUAUGUAACCAAGCAAACCAAGCCUUGGGGUUCUUAAGGCGAAAUCUAAAGAUUGGCAACUCCUGUGUGAAAGAAAGAGCAUAUAAAGCAUUUAUCCGUCCGAUUUUAGAUUAUGCAUCUUCAGUCUGGGACCCAUUUAGCCAGAAGAGCAUUGACAGGUUGGAGGCGGUCCAGCGACGAGCAGCACGUUUUGUCCUAAACCGCUACAGGAAUACCUCUAGUGUUGGCAGCAUGCUAGAAACACUAGGCUGGUCACCAUUGGAGAAACGACGACGACAAUCCAGGCUCUCCAUGAUGUACAAGAUAAAUAAUGGAAAACCCCUAGUGCAUAAUUUCCUCAUCACCACCAGUAACAGAAACAUUGCAAAUCCCAUCUACAUGCAUAGGAGCCAAAAUGAUCAAUAAAUUGAUCGUGGGCCCUUAAGAUAUAGAAGAAGAAGAAAACCGAACCAUAAUUUAGGCUGUUUCAAAUUACAAUGACAGCAACAAUUGUGAGCACUUGAGUUGUUAACUAACUUCUAUUUCUUGUCGUAUUUUAAUUUUUCCUGUCUGGCGAGGAAGGCUCUUAGCCGAAAUGUUCUGUUUUAUUACCCUGUCCUUCGAUUCAUCAUUAAAGCUUCCACGAUUCAAGCUUCCACGAUUCAAGCUACUACGAUUCAAGCUUCUAAGAUUCAAGUUUCUACGAUUCAAGCUUCUACGAUUCAAGUUUCUACGAUUCAAGCUUCCUCGAUUCAAGCUUCUACGAUUCAAGCUUCUACGAUUCAAGCUUCUAAGAUUCAAGUUUCUACGAUUCAAGCUUCUACGAUUCAAGUUUCUACGAUUCAAGCUUCUACGAUUCAAGCUUCCACGAUUCAAGCUUCCACGAUUCAAGCUUCCACGGAACCUUGUUAUACUAUUUCCUUCAAAUUACACGCGGUGAAAGUUAUAAUACAAAUAAUAAUAAAAUAGAUAAAAUGAUGACCUAAAUUUUGUACCGUCUCCUGGAAAAUUGCAAUAAAUGUCUAAUUCUCUUUCCAUCAAUAUUAUGUACCAUUUUAUAUGUUGCUCUCUUUUGUUUGUUUGAUUUGUUUGUUUCCAGAAUGUUUGCCCGGCUUCUGGGGAGUCAACUGCCUCCAGAGAUGUCGAAGUCUUUGUUAUGGUCACAUCUGUGAUAGAAUAACUGGACGCUGUGUACAAGGUUGUGUGCAGGAAAGCAACUCCCCAGAAUGCAAAGUCGGUGAGACACAGAGUGUUAUAGAAUCGUACACAGAGAUGAACAUAGAAUGACAUAGAGGUGUACAUAGAGAUGUACUGGUACAUAAAUAUGUAUACAUAGUUUUAAAUAGCUUUGUUUUACAAAUAUCAAAAGUUUAUCGAGCACUCACCAUAUCGGGUUCUCUUUUGUUUCUAAGAUUGUGACAGGGGCUGGUUUGGAGCAAACUGUCAGUAUAAAUGUCACUGCACUAACAAAAUGUGUGACGAAAGUGGCCUCUGUCUGAAUGAUUCUCAUUGCGAGUUAGGCUGGUUUGGCCCCGCAUGUCAGUACCGUAAGUGCCCUUAAUAACGUAGCAAAUGCAGGCAGUAAAAACUAUAAUAGUGAUUUACUCCAUCUUUAAGUUUUAUCAAAAGCUUUUUAUACUGUUUGGAAUAUUUCCCGUUACUACACAGAGGAUCGCAGCCAAGCAGGCAACCUGACCAUGUCACAGCACAAUGUAUUGCUUGUCUCUGACGGAGAUGAUGAGUCGUGUGUUCUAAAUCUGGCAUCCAUCGUUAUAGAAUGGACAACCCCAAUUCCAUUUACUUGGCUACGUCUUAUCGUCCUUGAACCAGGUAAUCAUGUACUUUAACCUGAUAAUCAUGUACUUGAACGAGGUCCUUAUGUACUUGAAUGCGGUAAUUAUCAUAUUUGAACCAGGUAAUCAUGCGCUUCUCUAGUUUUAUACACUUAAAAAUUGUGUGAAUUAUCAUUUAUUGUAUGUAGUUUUUUUUUUUAAAGAAGUUCAUUGGUUUCCAGAGGGUAAGCAUUGCUGUUACGACAGCGAGUUUAAAGAGCAUAAUCUUGUGAACUCUAGCAGUUAAAUCAAAGGCUAAAUAUAACCUAUGUUGAAUUAACUAAGCCGUGUAAUGUUUAAAUAUGCUCUACGCCUCUCCUCAACAUACCAACAUCACGUAACAUCAACAUUAAUUUUCAUUUUAAACUUUAGACACCUUCCCUAUUUACCUCUCCCGUCUCAUCAGACCUAAAUUAUUUUCACUUAUCUUUCUGAGCCUUUAGACAUGCUGGCGAAAAUGAUGUCUUGAAGUACAAUUCUAUGAUUUUUCUCUUUCAUAUUUUAUAUAUAAAGUAUCAAACAAUAAGCAGAUGUAUUGGAUAAUACAUUUUCAGAUUAUCACGACCUUGUAACGUUCCAGUUCAAAGCUGGUUCAGCUGAUGGUAGAAUAUUGAACUGUACAAACCCAAGGAAAGAUUUGAUUGACAGAAGAACUACGGACUUUUACUGUGAUAUUCAUGUCACUGUCAGUCAACUAAUUAUUCAUCUCAACGAGAAGCGAUCUGUCUGCUCUGUGUAUGUCAGCGGAGGUCAGUAACAGUUAAUGCAUUGUAUGACAUUAUGUAAUGGAAUAUACACACCUUUGCGGCUUGCUGAGACCAAAUACCCAACCAUUUGUAACAUUAACACACAUUCAAUCAGAUCUUUACAUUCAAUAUUUAUUUUCUAUGUAUGCAUCCGAAUCAGUAAAUGUUUUUUUUUUAAAUAGCUUUUCCAAAAAUUUAAAAAUUUUUAACCAGUAACCCCCCCCCCCCCAACCAUUUUAUAUCAGAUACUCAUUUUUCGUGCCGAAAAAUAUGACCUUUUGUAAAACGGUUUGUUUGAUAAAACAUGGCGACAUUUCGUUUCUUCCUUUUUCUUGUAUUACUUUUGAAGUCAAAUAACUCGAGUUUUUCAUUUUCCUUUCCCUUACCCUCAUUUUAGAUCAGGUGCAAAGCGCUUUUCCCUUAACUUUAUGCUAAACCAUCCAUACUUUGUUUACCAUAAUGCAUUUUUUUAAUAUUGUAUCAACAAAAUAUACAAAGUAUAAAAUUUUUCUGUUGAAGCUAAUUGAACAGUCGUGUUUGUUUAAUUUGUAGGUAGAAAUGUUUUCUGUUUAAGCUAAUUGAACAGUCGUGUUUGUUUAAUUUGUAGGCAGAAAUGUAGCACUAAGACAAUACGCAUCUCAAUCGUCCACUUAUUCCAAGAUGGGUUACAAUCUGGCCAGGGCACUAAACGCGGUUGACGGGUCAACUCUCAGUUCUUACAGUUCCGGAAGUUGCUCUCGCACUGACGUUGAAGAUCCCAAUCCUUCCUGGACACUUUCAUUUCAAAUCCCUCAGAUUGUAAACAGACUCGUCAUUUACAAUAAUUAUGAGAUAAAUGGUAAGUCUCAGCCUUAUGUAUACAAGUCCUUACUAGAUGUUACUUCAUAUGUUAUCAUUUAUUGUAAGUGAUACUUUUUUUUAAAUCUAAAAUCUAUCGCAACAAAAAUUAAUACAUUUAUUAAAAAUUGGAAUUUUUUUAAAAUUUCAAAGCAUGCAUUAUAUGCAUUCAAUAAAAUAUUUAAUUAAAUCUACAUAUUUAAUUAAUAUUUUAAAAAAAAAUCUUAUUCCCUCUUAUCUUGAAUUAUUACUUCAAAUACUAUUCGCUUUUUAAUUUUUUUUUAAAAUUUUGUACAAGACACACAUUGCUGCCCUGGAGGUCUGCACGAGUUCAAAAUUACAAGCUCUAACGGUGACGUCAUUUAUGAAUUCAACUCUUCUGACGUCACCCUUAAACACCCACAAAAAAUGUACAACAUAUUGGUAUCAUCCAUCAACCAAGACCCCAUCACAUCCGUUACUAUUGAGUCGACUGUCACGGAUGACUUCCACACGUUUGAACGUUUCAUAGCUCUCUGUGAGGUGGAGAUUUAUGGGGGUAAAAUUUGUGUUGAUUUUGUUUGAGAUAAUCAACAGGGAAAUGUAAGAAUACAUGUAUACCCAAAUAAUCAUUCAUUAGCUGCCGCCAUGGGCGCCCGCACAAAACUUUCUAAGGGGGAGGGGGGCAAAAAUCGAUGAACUUUCCAGGGGAAGGGAGGAGGUGGGUAUUUUUUAGUAAUGUUUUAAUGUAGUUUUAAUUUACUGUAGAGUAUAUGUAUGGUGAACGAACGGACAGGACAUCAGCUUAGUUACUUUCUCUUUAUUUUCUCUUUACUUUAAUACAUUUUUUGUCUAUUUUUUCUAAAAAAUUUUUAUCCAAUCAAUAUGGUGAACGAACGGACAGGACAUCAGCUUAUUUACUUUCUCUUUAUUUUCUCUUUACUUUAAUACAUUUUUUGUCUAUUUUUUCUAAAAAAUUUUUAUCCAAUCAAUCCGGGGGGGGGGGGAAGUGCCCCCCUUGCCCCACCCCUGCACCCCCCCCCUGCGGGGGCCCAUGGCUGCCGCUAUUUUGAAAAGACCAAAGUCUUCUUAUAACGUGAUCACGAAUUUUUGAUAUUCUUAUUUUGGAAAAUAUUUUCUUCUUAUUUUUAAAUAUUAGAUUUAAAGUUGUGGAGUCAACUAAGAAUACACGUUAAAUGAGACAAAAUUAAACAAAGCCGAGUACUCUUUCAUUUUAAAAUAAAAAAUUAUAAUAGGUCAACAUUUUCCUAAAAAAAAUGUCAUAUAUUUUUUAGUCUCCAUAUUUUGUACAGCUCAUGUUGUUUCUAAAUAUCUACUUCUAUACUGACGAGAUUGCGACUGACAGUUCCCCAGAAAAUAAAUAAUUUAAGUCUUAGUUAUAUCAAGUAUGAUCAAGGAAUAAUAUACUUUAAAUAGUUAAACUUUAAAGUUUUGUGUGUGUGUGUGUGUCAUUAGAUUCGAUGUGUCCGUUUGGGAAGUACGGCCGUGACUGCCGAGGAACGUGCAGAUGUGCUGUAGAUGGUGAGUCGUGUUUCGUCACGACAGGCGGAUGCCAGUCUGGGUGUGCACCUGGCUACUACGGGGAAGGUUGUGUUAAUGGUGAGUACAGGUAUAACUUCAUUCGGGAAGGUGUGCGAAAGAGUACGGUAAUGUUUCUGGAUUAAAUGGAAAAGGUGCACACGUGCUAAGCACAUUCGUGGCUUGGAGUGAUAAGUACAUUUAUGGCUUGUAGUGAUAAGAAUAUUCAUGGCUUGAAGUUGUAAGAAUAUUCAUGGCUUAGACUGGUAAGUAUAUUCAUGGUUUGGAGUGGUAAGUGAAUUCAUUUAUUUCUUCUGUGUGGAUGGGUCUGUGUGUGGUAAGUACAUUCCUUGCUGCUAUGGAAAAGUUUUUGUGGUAGGUAGUACAUUCGUGACUUCCAUUAGGAAAGGUUUGCUGAGCAUAUUUUAAAACAUUUGAUUAAAUGAAACUUUUUUUUUUACUAAAUUGUAUGAGUUACUGGACUGGACGUUACUGUAUAUAUUAAACAUAUGCUUUGAUUUGUUUCCCAUAUUCAGUGUGUCCCGAAGGAACCUGGGGUAUUGAUUGUCGAGAGAAGUGUAGCGUUGAUUGCUUAAGUUUUUGCAACGUAAAAAAUGGUGAUUGUGACUUUUAGAUUUUUAUGUGAUAAUUUGCCCAUGAACGAUAUAUUUUCAUAACUAAAGGCGUUUGUUUGAUAUAUUACCCUCAGUGUAUCAAUAAAGUAACACAUUCCCCAUUUUACCUGUGGUUUAAUACCACUUGUAAAAAAAAGUGGUGUGGUCCGUUGUUUUUCCCAUAAAAACAAACCCGCUGCUCAAAUCGUCUUUGAUCCCUUUAUGGUCUAAAAUAGGAGUCAGCGUUUAAAAACAAAAACAGUUAUUUUAAUUUAGCAACUUGUAAUUUUUUUCAUGAUGCUUUCAAUGUAAUGAUUUUUUAAAAAAAUCACAUUGGUUUAAGGCUUAAUGAGGUGUGAAUUAUUUUGAAUACACUUCGUUUCUUAUAUAAGUUCUUUUAUAGAUUUUUUUUUCUAAAAAUUUGGUCACUAUAUACAAAAACAAACAAAUAUUUCAAAUCAUAUUUUAUUUAUUUUAUAUAUUAAAUUAUUUCUAUUUGAAACAAUUUAAAAAAUAAUUUUAUUUUAUUUACAAAGCUCCAUUCUUUACAUUGUAGUUUAAUAGAUAUAUUUAAGGAUUAUGAAAUGAUUAGAAACAAAUUUCUUUUCAUUUUAUUAUGUUAAAAAAUGAUUUUUUUUUUUUGCAUCAUAAAUUUCAUGUAUUUCCUGUACAGCUUUGCUAAAUGUAGAUUAUAAACAUUUUGUCGGUAGUUUAUCGACAUUGAUUUAUCAAGUUUCUGUGUUGAUGUCACUCAUUCCUUCAAAUAACUGUCCCCCAACCCCCAACAAAGACAACAGCUGAAGAUAGAGAGAAAAUACUUUCAACAAAAAGCCUCUUUUGAGUCUUGAUUCCAUUAGUCAUUAGACAUUAUCUCAUCACACUGUGUUGACCGUUGAGUUACUCCCCUUUUAUUUUGCACCAUAUUGCCUUGAUUUUUAAAUGGCGCCAUGUCAUUUGUGUAAGAUUACUAUUCCACGUACAUUUUCAAGACCUCGUGAAGUGUUCUGUAUUGAUCCUAAGGGAUAUUGAUGAUUAGCUGAGUAUUGGUCAUAUGGGAUAUUGAUGAACAGUUAACUAUUGAUCCUAUGGGAUGUUGAUGAAUAGUUAUCUAUUGAUCCUAUGGGAUAAUGAUGAAGAGUUGUGCUUUGAUCCAUGGGAUUUUAAUGCUUAACAUAAGAAUGACGAACAACUAAAAUAAUAUUAUUUCUGUUAAUCAACUUAUCUCUAUUAAAAAUGAUACGUCAUAUUGCGUCAUAGAUAUACUUUGCGCUGCCAUGACUCACAUAAUAUUACUUUUGUAUUUUAGAAAAUAUAUUUGUACGCGCAUUUAAAUUCAAAAUUUACCUGAUGAAAGGUGUUUUUUGUGUUUUUUUAAAAAGAAUAAUACCCAAAGUUUUAACUAUCUUAAUGGACUUAACUUUUUAAAAUCUAUUCAACUAUGUUUCAAAUAAACUUGUUUCAAAUACUUUAUCGCACAUGGUGUAGGUAAUUAGGAAACUAUAACACACAAAUCUUUAGAUGUUGACCUACCAAUGUUGGAAUGAUCUGUGGUCUGAUAGACUUGAUUGAACCAACAACCAAAGGAACAUUCAAAUAUAAGCUGUUGUCCAGUCUGUCCAACAGGUUUAUCAGAACACAUGCAAGACCGCUGUAACGAGCGCCAUCUCUGUGGGGUGAAAUCAUGCAACAUAAGAUAGCAUUUAGAAAUUAAAACAAACAUUUUGUAUCGAAUCAGUGGUUGAUCGUAAAUAGUUCUCCUGCCAAUCUCUUCUCAAACCUUAAUCUUCUCUCUAGCAAAACUCGACAUUGUUCUGAUUUUAAAAGUCCCUUUUAAGUAGCAUUUUCCACCAGGUGACGGUGCUUUUCGUGCAGAAACAAUCUUAAGACUUCUGGCUUGGUCACCACGUUGUCAAGAGUAAAGCUUUUGUUGUCCCUAUGCUGCAGUGGAAGAUUAGCUUCCUCGCGUUGAUCAGCCCAAAAGUAAAGGUAGCAGAUGAACGUGAAAUAACAGACAUCAUGUGAAAGACCUUGUGUUGUAUGACAAUAGUGCUAAGGUGCUGUGCUAGUGACGAAUAGGCGGAAACAUUUAUUUUUGAGCAUUUCUGGGUUGCAAUAUAUUUUUUUUCAAAAC